UGAUUAUAUAAAUCAUAUUCGGUUACGAUUAUGACUUUGAAAAGGUUUGCAGGAAUAUUAAUGAGUAGGGUUCCAACCUGAAGUAUUAAUCCCAAAAUACAAUAAACAAUUAUUUAUACAACCUAUAUUAUACAUUAAAAAUAAAUUAUACAAUAAGCUAUAGUAAAUGUUUUGUAACAGUACAAAGUAAUGAUUUCGAGAAAUAAUUUUUUGAAUGCAUCAAAAACUAUAGGUUGGUAGGGAGAUACUAAAAAAUAUGAAUUAUAAUUAACCUCUCCUGUGGAAAUAAUCAAAUCCGCCACUGAUUUUAUGUAUACCUACUCGUCAACGGAGUAUACUUAAUUCGUCAUAAAUACCACUUGAGUUUCGAAUACAACGAUUACAUUAAUUCAAUAAGAUACGAUUUCCGCUAGGUACUUACAAACUAAUAUGUGUAAUUAUCUACAUAUUAAAUGUGUAGACAUAAUGUAAUAAAUACUAAAUCAAAGUGAAUAGUCAUUGAUUUAUGAUUGUUUUGACAUUACAAAAACAUCACACUGUCUACCUGGGACCAUGAGCAAUUAAUAAUUAUUAAAAUAACGCCCGAAAACCUGUCAAACAACUUUUAUGUCCUCAACAUGUUUAAAAUUAUUGCAGUCUUGUGGCUGUUUGUGUCAAACAGUUUGGUGUCAUCUGAAUUUAUUCGUGGAAGUUUAAGUAACUCCUUUGAACCAAACUGGUGGCAAGCAAAUACCUUUUACCAAAUAUACGUGAGAUCAUUCAAAGACAGCGAUGGUGACGGAAUUGGAGAUCUCAAUGGUAUAACCGAAAAAGUGUCAUACAUUAAAAGUUUAGAUGUCAGUGCAAUUUGGUUAUCGCCUAUAUUCCUCUCUCCGCAAAAUGAUUUCGGUUAUGAUAUAUCGGACUAUGAAGAGAUCGAUCCUAUGGUGUUUACGAUGGAGGACUUUGAACGAUUGAGGAACAAGUUUCAUAAAAAUGGUAUAAAAGUUUUGUUGGACUUUGUGCCCAACCAUACAAGUGAUGAACACGAAUGGCUCCAAAAAUCAAUUAUGAGAAUUGAACCCUUUACCAACUAUUAUGUAUGGAAGGAUCCGAUUAUUGACAAGAAUGGCAAUAAGACACCUCCAAGUAACUGGUUAAGUGCAUUCAAUAGCGGAUCUGCGUGGAAAUGGAACGAACAACGACGACAGUAUUAUUUACAUCAAUUCCAAGAAAAACAACCAGACUUGAACUACAGGAAUCCAUCAGUUAGAGAAGCAAUGAAGGUAGUCUCAUCACUUAUCGAUAAAAAAAUAUACAUUAUCACAUUGACAAGUCAGCUAAUCAAACCUUUUAUAUAAUUUAUUUUCCCUAUAGAACAUAUUUUUUUUUGGUUGGGACGCGAUGUAGAUGGGUUUAAAAUGAAUUCGGUAAAUUUUUUAUUCGAAAGAGAAGAUUUAGCUGACGAACCGAAAUCGAACAAAAUCGGUUAUUUGGACACUGAUUACCA